AGGGUACAACUGGACAUCCGAAAUAAGAAUUCUUAAAUAUCCACUGAAAACCACGGGGCUCCGCCGAUACAGCAGACGAUGAAAAGCGCAAUGUGGCAUCACAAAAACAAACGCAACGCUGCGGCGUGACGUCAAAUCCAGGGCGAUGACUGUCAGCUUCAGCAUCUUGCGCGGCGCACUAGUUCGCCCAGCGGAAGCAUAGAGCGCUGUGCACGGUUGCACUGAGUGUGGGACUGAAUGAGACUAGUGAAUCAGAUUGAUACCAACACAAGCCGGACGGCGUUUUAAAACCCGUUUAAUAUUUUGCUUAUAGUUUUUUUUAUAUAUAUAAAUACUAUAAGCCUAGGGAAUAGCCUGUGUUCCUUGUGUCCCCUUUUCCCCCUUUUUCUCCUUUCUUCUUUUUCUUGUAGCAAAAGCUGAAGGAAUGGCACAGAUACUUCCAAUACGGUUUCAGGAACAUCUGCAGCUGCAGAACCUGGGAGUGAAUCCGGCCAACAUUGGCUUCAGCUACCUGACCUUGGAGUCGGACAAGUUCAUUUGCAUCAGGGAGAAGGUGGGAGACCAGAACCAGGUGGUCAUCAUUGACAUGAAUGACCCCACAAACCCAAUCCGCCGGCCCAUCUCUGCCGACAGUGCCAUUAUGAACCCUGCUAGCAAGGUCAUCGCCCUUAAAGACGCUGCCAAGACGCUGCAGAUUUUCAACAUUGAAAUAAAGAGCAAGAUGAAGGCCCACACCAUGACGGAGGACGUGAUGUUUUGGAAAUGGAUCUCUGUGAACACGGUGGCCCUAGUCACGGAAACGGCCGUCUACCACUGGAGCAUGGAAGGCAUCUCUCAGCCUGUCAAAGUGUUCGAUCGACAUGCCAGCCUGGCAGGCUGUCAGAUAAUCAAUUACAGGACGGAUGAGCAGCAAAAGUGGCUUCUUCUCAUAGGCAUCUCUGCACAGCAAAACCGUGUGGUGGGGGCCAUGCAACUCUACUCUGUGGACCGGAAGGUGUCUCAACCCAUAGAAGGCCACGCUGCCGCCUUUGCUGAGUUCAAAGUGGAGGGUAAUGCCAAGCCCUCCACGCUCUUCUGCUUUGCUGUGAGGAGCCAGGCUGGUGGCAAGCUGCAUAUAAUAGAAGUGGGUCAACCUGCACCUGGGAACCAGCCAUUUGCCAAGAAAGCGGUCGACGUGUUCUUCCCCCCUGAGGCCCAGACCGACUUCCCCGUGGCCAUGCAGAUUGGUGUCAAACAUGGCGUUAUCUACUUGAUCACCAAAUACGGCUACAUCCACAUGUAUGAUCUGGAAACAGGAGUGUGCAUCUACAUGAACCGCAUCAGUGCUGAGACCAUCUUUGUCACCGCCUCGCACGAGCCCACCUCUGGCAUCAUCGGGGUCAAUAAGAAGGGACAGGUGCUGUCUGUGUGUGUGGAGGAGGAGAACAUUGUGAACUAUGCCACCAACGUGCUGCAGAACCCAGACCUGGGCCUGCGCAUGGCUGUGCGCAGCAAUCUGGCUGGAGCAGAGGAGCUCUUCGCCCGCAAGUUCAACACGCUCUUCGCCCAGGGCAGCUACUCUGAGGCGGCCAAAGUCGCAGCCUCUGCCCCCAAGGGCAUCCUGCGUACAGCAGACACCAUCCGGCGGUUCCAGAGUGUCCCGGCCCAGCCUGGCCAGGCCUCCCCCCUGCUACAAUAUUUUGGUAUUCUGUUGGAUCAGGGCCAGCUCAACCGACUAGAGUCCCUGGAGCUCUGCCGGCCCGUCCUGCAGCAAGGUCGCAAACAGCUCCUGGAGAAAUGGCUGAAGGAGGACAAGCUGGAGUGCUCUGAGGAGCUGGGUGACCUGGUGAAGAGUGCAGACCCCACUCUAGCCCUCAGUGUUUACCUGAGGGCCAAUGUUCCCAACAAGGUCAUCCAGUGCUUUGCUGAGACUGGCCAGUUCCAGAAAAUCGUGCUUUAUGCAAAGAAGGUGGGUUACACCCCAGACUGGGUCUUCCUGCUGAGAAGUGUGAUGCGUGUGAGUCCUGACCAAGGACUGCAGUUCGCACAGAUGCUGGUCCAGGAUGAGGAGCCACUGGCCAACAUCAACCAGAUCGUGGACGUUUUUAUGGAGAGCAGCCUGGUCCAGCAGUGCACCUCCUUCUUGCUUGAUGCGCUAAAGAACAACAGGCCUACCGAGGGCCAUCUGCAGACCCGGCUUCUGGAAAUGAAUCUCAUCCAUGCCCCACAGGUGGCUGAUGCCAUCUUGGGGAACCAGAUGUUCACACACUACGACCGUGCCCACAUCGCCCAGCUGUGUGAGAAAGCUGGUCUGCUACAGAGGGCGCUGGAGCACUACAGUGACCUAUACGACAUCAAGCGUGCUGUGGUCCACACACACCUGCUCAACCCUGAGUGGCUGGUGAACUUCUUUGGCUCUCUGUCAGUGGACGACUCCCUGGAGUGCCUCAGAGCCAUGCUGUCGGCCAACAUCAGGCAGAACCUGCAGCUCUGUGUUCAAGUCGCAUCUAAGUACCACGAGCAGCUCGGCACACAGGCACUGGUGGAGCUCUUUGAAUCCUUCAAGAGUUAUGAGGGGCUGUUCUACUUCCUUGGUUCUAUCGUCAACUUCAGCCAGGAUGCUGACGUCCACUUCAAAUACAUCCAAGCUGCGUGCAAAACAGGCCAGAUCAAAGAAGUAGAGAGGAUCUGUCGUGAGAGCAACUGUUACGAUGCUGAUCGAGUCAAAAACUUCCUCAAGGAGGCCAAGUUGACUGACCAGCUGCCUUUAAUCAUAGUGUGUGACCGAUUUGACUUUGUCCAUGACCUCGUCCUGUACCUGUACCGCAACAACCUGCAGAAGUACAUUGAGAUCUAUGUGCAGAAGGUGAACCCCAGCCGCCUGCCUGUGGUUAUUGGAGGACUACUCGAUGUGGACUGCUCUGAAGAUGUGAUCAAGAAUCUCAUCAUGGUGGUGCGGGGGCAGUUCUCUACUGAUGAGCUGGUGGCCGAGGUUGAGAAGAGAAACCGGCUGAAACUACUGCUGCCAUGGCUGGAAUCCAGGAUCCAUGAAGGCUGUGAGGAGCCCGCUACCCACAAUGCACUGGCCAAGAUUUACAUUGACAGCAACAACAAUCCCGAGCGCUUCCUGAGGGAGAACCCGUUCUAUGACAGUGCUGUGGUGGGCAAGUACUGUGAGAAGCGUGACCCCCACCUGGCCUGCGUGGCCUAUGAGAGAGGCCAGUGUGACUUGGAGCUCAUCAAGGUUUGCAAUGAGAACUCCCUGUUUAAGAGCGAGGCUCGCUAUCUUGUGCGUCGGAAAGAUCCAGAACUGUGGGCCAAUGUGCUGGAGGAGAACAACCCAUUCAGGCGGCAGCUAAUUGAUCAGGUAGUCCAAACAGCACUUUCUGAGACCCAGGACCCUGAGGAGGUAUCCGUCUCUGUAAAGGCCUUCAUGACUGCUGACCUGCCUAAUGAGCUGAUUGAACUGCUGGAGAAGAUCGUCCUAGAUAACUCUGUCUUCAGCGAGCACAGGAACCUGCAGAAUCUCCUCAUCCUGACAGCCAUCAAAGCCGAUCGUACCCGUGUGAUGGAAUACAUCAACAGGCUGGACAACUAUGAUGCCCCUGACAUUGCCAACAUCGCCAUCAGCAACGAGCUGUUUGAGGAAGCGUUUGCCAUCUUCCGCAAGUUCGAUGUCAACACAUCUGCCAUCCAGGUUCUGAUUGAGCACAUUGGGAAUCUCGAUCGGGCCUAUGAGUUCGCCGAGCGCUGCAAUGAGCCUGCUGUUUGGAGCCAGCUGGGCCGCGCACAGCUGCAGAAGGAGCUGGUCAAGGAGGCCAUCGACUCCUACAUCAAGGCAGAUGAUCCCUCUGCUUACAUGGAGGUGGUCAGCGCGGCAAGCCGAAACAAUAACUGGGAGGACCUGGUGAAGUUCCUGCAAAUGGCUCGCAAGAAGGCAAGGGAGUCCUACGUGGAGACGGAGCUGAUCUUUGCCCUGGCAAAGACCAACCGACUGUCAGAGCUUGAGGAGUUUGUGAGCGGCCCCAACAAUGCUCACAUCCAGCAGGUGGGAGACCGCUGCUAUGACGACGGCAUGUAUGACGCAGCCAAGCUCCUGUACAACAAUGUGUCCAACUUUGCCCGGCUGGCCUCCACACUGGUGCACCUGGGUGAAUACCAGGCAGCCGUUGACAGCGCUCGCAAGGCCAACAGCACUCGCACCUGGAAGGAAGUGUGCUUUGCCUGUGUGGAUGGCACAGAGUUCCGGCUGGCCCAGAUUUGCGGCCUCCACAUCGUCAUCCACGCCGAUGAACUGGAGGAGCUCAUUACUUAUUAUCAGGACCGGGGAUACUUUGAAGAGCUGAUAGCUCUGCUGGAAGCAGCACUAGGCCUGGAACGUGCCCAUAUGGGCAUGUUCACAGAGCUGGCCAUCCUCUACUCAAAGUUCAAACCGCAGAAGAUGAGGGAGCACCUGGAGCUCUUCUGGUCCCGGGUCAACAUCCCCAAGGUGCUCCGUGCUGCUGAACAAGCACACCUGUGGGGGGAGCUUGUCUUCCUCUACGACAAGUAUGAAGAGUAUGACAAUGCAGUCAUCACCAUGAUGAACCACCCCACUGAUGGCUGGAAAGAGGGCCAGUUCAAGGACAUCAUCACCAAGGUGGCUAAUGUGGAGCUGUACUAUAAGGCCCUGCAGUUCUACCUGGACUAUAAGCCCCUCCUGAUAAAUGACCUGCUGGCUGUCCUUUCUCCUCGGCUGGACCACACGAGAGCUGUUGCUUUCUUCUCCAAGAUGGACCAGCUGAAGCUCGUCAAGCCUUAUCUCCGGUCUGUGCAGAGCCACAACAACAAAGGGGUCAACGAGGCCUUAAACAUGCUCCUUACAGAGGAGGAGGACUUCCAGGGUCUGAGGGCCUCCAUCGAUGCGUACGAUAACUUUGACAACAUCAGCCUGGCGCAGAGGCUGGAGAAGCACGAGCUGAUUGAGUUCCGCCGUAUUGCCGCAUACCUCUACAAGGGCAACAACCGUUGGAAACAGAGCGUGGAGCUGUGCAAGAAGGACCGACUAUACAAGGAUGCCAUGCUUUACGCGGCCGAGUCCAAGGACUCAGAACUGGCAGAGAAGCUCCUGCAGUGGUUCCUGGAGGAGGGCAAGAAGGAGUGCUUUGCGGCCUGCCUCUUCGCCUCCUACGACCUGCUGCACCCGGACGUGGUGCUGGAGCUGGCCUGGAGGCACCGCAUCAUGGAUUUCGCCAUGCCCUACUUCAUCCAGGUGAUGAGGGAGUACUUGACUAAGGUCGAUCUGAUUGCGGCGAAGGUGACGGUAGACAAACUGGAAGCUUCAGAAAGCCAAAGGAAGACUGAGGAGGAGGUGACAGAGCCCACUCCCAUUGUGUUUGGCCAGCAGCUGAUGUUGACAGCUGGCCCAAGCACUGUGCCCCCCCAGCCUGGGUACCCAGGUUACGGCUAUGCUGCACCUCCGUACACCCAGCCCACCUAUGGCUACAACAUGUGAAGGCGGGGCCCACACCUGCUCCGCCCACAUCAACCUCACCUAUCCAAUGGCAAGCUAGGGAUUCACACAGCACAUCACGCCUUUUUGUUAUCACCAAGCCAGCUCCGCGCAGCAUGAAGACAAUGCCCAGCUCCUGUCGCGACACGGCCUGCUUCUGCGUGCUCGUUACCCUGCCCAUCCUCUUGUCCAGUCUCCGUCACACUCCACCUGAAGGAUACUGCGGCUUUCCCAUUGUCAUGUUAAUUGUGAGCUGGCAGCACUGAUUCUGAAAUGACACUGUGUGGGAGGGUCUUUAUACUCCAUAUGUACAUUGUAUCAUGGGGAGGGUAAGUCUUGGUUUGCACCUCUCUUUUUUUGGACAUUUGAAUAACUGCAUAUUGACCUGCUGCGGAUGCCCAUUAUGUUUUUGUGGUAGAAUAACAACACUAAUCAGCUUCCUGCAGGUGCUACAUGUGGGGGGAGGGGUUAGUUCAGUUUCGUGUUCUAAGCAUGGUGGAAUGUAGAUAACGCCAACGUCCCUCUUCAGCAGUGCCACUCAUCACUACAGUGAGGCACAUGCUGGUCUUUGUUUCCCUACAGUGUUGCCACAAGUAGUCAUGGGAGCCAGGCUGAAGUAUACUGACCCUCACAUUGACUAAUGGUACAGGGCUCUGCAGUCCUGCGGACGGUAGUCUUGAGCAAGGAGUAGCGAACUUACAGUGUACUUGUUUGUGCAUGUACUGGCAAGCCGUAUAAAGCUGUAACGAUGCAAAAAGGAGCACAAUUUAGAUGUGGUGAAAGUGUUACCGAUGUAGUGAGAAGACCCUUGAAAUGUGUGUUGUGAAGAAUUCAGCCUUUCUUACGAAAGGGUCAGGUAGAGCCACAAGGAACAUUUUAAAUAGUUCAAAUGCGUUGAAGAAAUAAGAUACAGGAUAAAUGGAUUAUAUCGCUGUACCACUUUUCCAAAGUAGUAUCAUCAUUUUAAUGUACUGAAAAUGUAUAAUUUAAGGUAAUGAAAUGUUACUAUUCCUAAUUAAUCAAACACCAAUAUAAUAUAAAACCAUAUGUAUUGUCUAUAGUGCAUUGUUGUAGUCUUAAGCAUAGUAAUAUUUUUAAAAAAAAAAACAAAUACAAAAACAAAUUAUUCAGCACGUGUCAACAGAUUUCUUUUUUCAAUUUUAAGUAGCAGGCUUGAAAAUGUUAUGUAGCUCCUGUAUUGACAGCCAGUGCCCCUGCCACCGCAUCUCUGCUAUGGAGUUCUGCUGACUGGGCUCUUCAGCGGUUCCUUCCGUCCUGCUGUUGGCCAAACAUUUGGGUUCAACAGAUUCUCAGCUAUAAAGUGUUUCCUUCCCUUCCUGCACAAGUCAUGCCUUCUGAAGGAGAAAUAAAGUUUACACACAUUGUCUCUGUUUCAUAGAUUCCACUUUCUCCCUGCAGGCCAAGCUAGAAGCAUUUAAAGUCUGUUUCAGCUCUCGAAGUUGAAAUGUUCUUGUGUUUAGUUAACAGUUACUGCAUUGACAAAAUAUUUACUCUGGGAGUUAGAAUGAUAAAAAGAUGCAGAAAUUUUCACCAUGUAAUGUGAAAUGAAAGUGAUACAUAGAAUUAAAGGAGGACAUGGGAAAAUGAA